AUGGACUAUUUGUCGCCUGAUCGUAAAGUACAGUUUAAAAUGUCGCAUACUCAUGACAUUUUGAACCGCAUUAUGCAUCUACAUGUAAUAAUGCCAGAUUUACCGGUGACAAAUAGUUAUGCGACAAAUAGUAAUUCACGCCGUGUGAAAAAACUAAGUCCUCCAGAUAUUUAUAAACGCUGGGGAAAUCGUACAGUUUUAUAUGUGUGCCUUGAUGACGAAUUGCGUCAGAUGCCGACUGGCCUAAAUUAUGAGCCUAUUUUUGGGCAUAUCUUAUAA